UCUAUUUUGCUGCCUAGUUUUCAUCCAUUUGCAUCCAUCUUGAAAGGUUAAUUAUGGCUGGCAAAGAAAUGGUAGCAUAUUAUAAUGCAUUGACACAAUACAACUAACGGUUUAAAGUCAGAUUGUUGCGCUAAAACAUAGUCAUUUGACGGAUUUGUUUAUAUUAAAAACGACUACGUAAUGAAUAUACUGCUAUAGUAAGUAAAUGAUUACUGAAAGAUAAAAUGCAUUGUCCUUUGUACUGCACUUUCAUUUGGAAUAAUUAACAGGGUAACUAAUGAAUAGUUAAUUAUUAAUAAUGACUCACUGACUGUAUUGUAAAAUACUAUAUUUUUACUGGAUUUACUGCUGUUAUGAGCAUCUGAGUAAAUUUGACAAAUCUCUAGGUAGGUGUAUGGGUAGACAUCUCCAUGGAAACCUCGUGUGUGUGUGUGUGUGUGUGUGUGUGUGUGUGAGUGUGUGUGUGUGUGUGUGUGUGUGUGUGGGCACCAGACACAUGCCUGGGGUCGAGGUUAGUGGAGGUUUAAAGUUGUUACUCAGAGGGCAUUUAUGUUCAGAAAGUUAUACCAAACAGUGCUUUGCAACACUGACCAUGCCUUCCUCUUCCCUAUCUCCCACCCAAGUAGAGAGAUGUCCUCUGUGUGGCAACAGGAGCCUAUAGUGUACUCCCCCAGUGUAGAGAUCGAUUCCAGCACCAUGAGGAGGAAGGCCAGGGUGGGUUCCUCACAGCACUGGCUUAAGCAGGAGCAUGACCUGGAAGUUGUCAAGUGGGAGAGCAUGACCUCUGGGGCAACUAGCGAUGUGGAGCAGGACAACACACCCAGCAGUGCUGUGUCCACGGCCUCCCAGCCUGAGGGCAGCCUGCCUCCCCGGGUCAUGCUGACCAUCACCAAGCUGCAGUGCAUGCUGGAAAGUAAACAGGAGCGCAUCGUUGCCCUGGAGAGACAGGUUGAGGACCUGCAGCAGGACAGGAAGUUCCUCAGAAGCCAGAUCGAGAACCUGACCAGCCAGCGCUCCGUCCCAACCUUCACUACCACUGCCACCUCAGCCUCUGAAGCACCUAAAGCGGGGAAGUCACUGUAUUCCGAACCCAAACCACGGAAGAGAGAGAGGGUUGCAUCAUCCAGCUCUUCCUUCAGUAAUGAAAGCGGCUCAGAAAUGUCUGUCUCCACCGUGAUGUCCGGAGCCUCGAGCGACCACAAGAAGCGGAGACACCACAAGGAGAAGAGGAGAGGAAAGAAAGGGAAAGACUACAGCAGGAAGAGAGCCACUGGUGUCCAGUACGUGAUCCACCGCUACAAACAAGUCCUCUCGGCCUUCAUCAAGAAGAAGAGCAUGAGUGGCGCUUUCCGUCACUACGGCAUCGACAGGAACACCAUUGCCAACACGGCGUCCAUCGCCGAGCUCUACCUGGCAGCCAAGGAGACCCUGCCGCUCGUGGGGAUGUUCCGCCCGCGAGAGGAGACCCUGGUGAGCUACGCCCAGAAGUGCGCCCUGGUCAUUGAGACUGAUGUGGCGCUAGCCAGGAAGAUUGAGCAGAUGAAAGCCACAGGGGAGCUCCUGCCCAUCACGGUGAAAAAGGCCAGGGUCAUGCACUCUGCUCACCAACAGCUAGGGGGCACCGCUGAAAGCCUGUUAAUGGGCUGAUGAUGUAGCUAGGGGGUUUUGAGGGGUGAGUUGGACUAGAAGUGGAGAACACUUGUGUUGAUGGUUGGAGAGAUAUUUAACUUAAAAUCUGGGUCCUGGGUUGAUAUAAUCACAAAGGAAGGAUUUCUCUGCCUCUCUUUAUUUAUUGCAGUGUAUCUAUUAGUGUAUCUAUAAUGCCUUCUUUAAAAGUAAUUAUUGUUUUUCUAUAGUUUUUUUUAUAUCGUAUGAAUACAAUAUUCAACAGGUUUAAGCGGGGACACUUUACACAUGUUCCCAGAAGACCAUUUCUGUUUGCUUAUGAAUUUCCUCACUCAAUAAUUGUCAUUCAUUCAUAGUGGUCUGUGCUGAACAAACACGGUACUGAACAAACACGGUAUUGAACAAACACGGUAGCAGCUAGCCAUGGCCACAGAAUGAGUUUGCCCUGUAGCAUACAUGACUUACACCAGUAAAAGUAGUCACUUUUGUUUGACAGUGCUUUUC